CAUGCGCAAAGCCUAUUUCCGUAAAAGAGGAGAGAGGCGGAAGUAACAGAGGCGCCUUUCUUCAAAACACAACUGUGUGGGUCGCUGAACUACAACUUUUGCUACAAUGCCUCUGUCCACCCAGUCUCAGGCUGACGAUGAACAAUACGUUUUAGUUGCCAGUUUGGACCAUGCUCGCAACCUCUCCAAUAUACUGAAAGCAAUCGCCUUCAAAGACCAUGCCAUCUUCAGCGCCACACCCAAUGGCCUGAAGGUCACUGUGGAGGACUCUAAGUGUCUGCAAGCCAAUGCAUUCAUCCAGGCUGAGAUCUUCCAAGAGUUCACCAUAAGGGAAGAUUUGGUUGGUUUUCAGGUCAACCUCACUGUUCUGUUGGACUGCCUAAAUAUUUUUGGAGGAAGCACGGUACCAGGGGUGUCAACGGCCUUGCGCAUGUGCUACAAGGGGUACGGUUACCCUCUGACCUUGUUCCUGGAGGAGGGUGGCGUUGUGACUGUUUGCAAGAUAAACACACAAGAACCUGAAGAGCCAGUUGACUUUGAAUUCUGCAGCACCAACGUCACAAACAAGGUGAUCCUGCAGUCAGAGAGUCUGAAAGAACCCUUCUCUGAACUGGAUAUGACCAGCGAGGUGCUACAGAUCACCAUGUCCCCUAGCCAGCCAUACUUUAGGUUAUCCACGUUUGGGAACUCUGGAAAUGCUCAUUAUGAUUAUCCCAAAGACUCAGACAUGAUGGAGCUGUUUCGGUGCACCAAGACACAAACCAACAGGUACAAGAUGUCCCUGCUGAAGCCAUCCACCAAAGCCCUGGCAUUGUCCUGUAAAGUCUCUGUGAGGACGGACAGCAGGGGCUUCCUCUCUCUGCAGUACCUGGUCAGGAACGACGAUGGACAGAUCUGCUUUGUAGAAUAUUAUUGUUGUCCUGACGAGGAGGUGGAGUGAUUACAGUGCAUUCAUUAAAUUCCCCUUUACAUACGUACCCUUAACUUCAGGAGUGGCCAGUGGCUUUGACUGAGUGCAAGGAUAAGAGGACAAAGUCUGCCAGAGGAGGCAGUACAGUCAGUGCAGUGCACACAGGAAAACAAUACAGGACUUAUAGUGGGCAUAAUGGAUAAUGGACACAGCGAUAAAAGUUGUUUUAACAAAACUAACUGGUUCCUCAUUUUCCAAAUACUCACAUUUGAGUGGGCCAUUGCCUCUGGACUUAUGGAAAGAUAAUGUCACCUACCUGGUCUUGUUGUAUACCUGUGUGUAGUCUGACCACUAUCAUAAUGAGUUCAUGAUUUCAUAGAUUUGGAAAAUGAUUUGUAUGUAGUUACUGUAUGUUGUUUGUUACUAUGGAGACCCAGCUAUUUUGAGUCCAAAGCCCCUCAACAUAAGAACACUGCCUGUAACUUCAUGAGUCUGCAUACAGAAUCUCAUCUUUCUGGAGCAGAUAUGGCACACUGGCACCGUUUUCUCCUGGUGACGUGUGUGUGUGUGUGUGUGUGCGCGUGUACAAUAGGUGUACUCUACACAAACCAUACAUUCCUCUUCAGCUCUGCACAUGUAUCGCCACUUGGUUUUAUGCGUCCCUGAUGAUGUUGUGUACGUUUACAGCUUUCAUGACAUUUGUGUGGAGUAUACAUCAGAUGAUGCUGAGAGUAAGUUUGAAUCGUUUUAUUUCCAUGACAUAGAAAACUGUGGUCAAUCAAAAUCAAUAAACAAGUUUUUGUUUUGUUUUUUA